GUCAUUUUCACGAAGCAUGUGACUGGCAGCAUUUGACUGCAUGGGAGAACACCUCGUUGGAAGUGGAGCUUCCAGCGGCACUCAUAGAUGGCUUCCCUUCUCAGCUGUUCGGUGCAUUUGUUGAUUCAGAGACGAGCAGCGUAGAGGAGAUGCUGACGGGACAAAGUGUAAACAGCAUCAUGCGACAGCGCGUCCGUGGUGUGCCUGGAUUCAGCGAUUCGGAUGAUUUUCUGGAGCCGAAGGUGCUCCAUCAUCCGAUCCGGGAGAUCUUCAAGUUACCUGCACGAGUAGCUCUUUCGAUCCUGAUCGUGCUUGCUGCGCUGCUGUCCUCAAUACUGACUUUUGUCUAUCCGAUGUUGACCUGGCAGAGCGUGAACAUGGAAACGGUGGUCGAUUUCCAAGCCUCGCUCGACGAGCAAGGCACGGAACUGCACCGGUUGGUCCAUGAUGCCAGCGUCGCGAGCUACCAUGAGCCUUGGGCCUUAUAUGAUUUCGCCCUGAACCCUAAUAACUAA